UGAUAUUGUUUUGUGAAUGUGGCAAUGAUUAGGGAUUUGUUUAAAAAUAAAUUAUGGGUCCUAUCGUCGGCCGCGUUGUUGGUGGUGCCGAUAUACACAUGGAGGAAAUUGUACAAAAGCUAUAAAGAAGAUAAAAUAAACUAUGAAAGAGAAGUGUUGUUUCACAAAAGGCACAACUGUGUCGUGUUGUAUUCGCCCAGAAAGGGGAUGAGUGGUUGGCCACCUCACUUAACAAGAAUAAAAGCCAACAUUAAAGAUGGAAUGAGUGUUUUGAUAGAGCCGAUUGUUUAUUUUAUCAACACUGCCAUAAAGUCUAUCGAUAUAGCUGUUAUGAUUUUAACCUGUGAAGGCAUUACCAACGCUUUAAUAGAUGCUAGUAAACGCGGCAUUAAAGUGCGAAUUUUGCUGAAUUUUGAGCAUGCUUACAAUACAUCACAUUUAUAUAGAAAAAUGAUUAAUGAAGGUGUAAAUAUAAGAUUCUAUGUUGCCAGACAUAAGGAAGUUAGCCAGUCCUAUAGUAUGAUGCACUAUAAAUACAUGUUAAAAGAUUACUGCAAUACAGGAGGAUACGUUUUUAUGGGGUCAAUGAAUAUGAGCAAAAGUUCAUUUACAAAUAAUUUUGAGGAUAUUGUUUUUACAUCUACAGAGUAUGUGGUUGAAUCUGUUCAUGAAAAUUUUGAAAAGUGCUGGCAGUAUGUUGGUGAAGAGAAUAAAAAUGAUUAUAAUAGAACAAUUCUGUUACACUCUAAUUUGGCAUAAAUUUAUCCCAAAACCAGUACUUUUUAAAUAUUGAGUAACUUUAUUAACACUGCCUAUAUUUUAAAUUGAAUAAACUUAUGAUUUUUAAUAAUU